AUGGAAGACUACGAAGCCGAAAAUGAAAUAAAAAGGGACAAGGACCGGAGUCCAUCUCCUGAUGUAAAAUCGACAGCUGUGGUCAAAUACACCGCUUUUCAAAGUCCAGUGGGGUAUGCUCGGCUGCAGUGCAACACUGACCUUAAUCUCCCUCCCUCUAACUGGGGAGGGAUAGAUACAUACGGUUUGAAACAAAUUUUGACGAGGGGUACAGGCUUAUCAAGUUUCAGAAUGGCACACAUGUUUCCCGAUUGUGUAGGUGAAGUCGAUUUAAUAUCUGACGCUGAGUGCAUUAAGAAAUUGCUUAAAUUACCUUAUCAACCAAAUGGAACUGUAAGCAUGAUGGUGCAUAGAGUACAGAAUACACUGCUAUUGGAUGACUUUGAUGUUUAUGACUACCUGAUGAAGUCAGAAUGGUCUUGGUUAAAGGAUUUCUUCUAUGAAAACAUAAUUAAAACUAUGUCUGAGAAGGAACGUAUGUCUCUAACUCCAGCAAGAAGUGCAAGUGCAUUACAACUGACUCAGAAGUUCCUGUCUCACAGUCUGCUUGAAAGGCCUCAGCCGUUGCCUGCGCCUGUUCCAGACACUCCUGAUUGGAUUUCUGGUCCGCACCUACCGGAACCAGAAUCACGUACAGAAGAAUCGACCCCUGAGGACUCAUAUAACCGCAAUGUACUAUGGAACUUUGAAGAUAUUCAAAUGUUAAUAGGCAGCAAUCUCCCGAUAUUUGGCGAUAAGGAUCGACCAUGCGUUAGUUUGAGGCUGCGAGAUGCAAGGGAGCCUAUCAAUGUGUUAACAGGAAUUGACUACUGGUUGGACAAUUUAAUGUGCAAUGUUCCAGAAGUCUUAAUGUGCUAUCAUUUAGACGGCAUUGUACAGAAGUAUGAGCCAAUGAAAACCGAAGAUCUGCCUAAUAUGGAAAACUCCAAGUUUUCACCAAAAGUCAUAAGGAAUGUCGCCCAAAAUAUUUUAUCCUUUUUGAAAUCCAAUGUCACCAAGUCUGGACAUACGUAUUGGUUGUUUAAAGGUCCCCAUGAUGACGUGGUAAAGCUCUACGAUCUGACGUCGCUAUGUCCCGACAGUCUCGACAAUCCGUUCACGACUCCAGUCGCGAUGUUACUGUACCGUGUUGCCCGUAACAUGAGAAUUAUGAAUCGGACGAAACAUGUCCGCCAACUUUUGGAACAUGUAGUGCAAUUGUUGCAAGUGGAAAGAUAUCCGCAGAUUGUCGCUUCAUCCCACUAUAUGUUGUCUGAUUUGUAUGUACCGGCGACGACUAAUCCCGCGUGCCCGGAUUUUAAAGAUGAAAUUCUAGAGCCGGACGACGAUUCUGAUUUCGGAAACUCAGCUGAGUUUAAUGAUAACGUCGAUAGAAAUAGUGAGGGAGACACGGAGAAUGAAGAGAGAGAGGAGAAGAAAACUGAGGACAAUUUAGAGGCAAAAGGAGACAGUCUCGCCUUACAAGUGAGAUGUCUGACACUAAAGGAUACAGGGAACAAGAACACACAACAUAUUGGUAGUGGAAAGGAGAAAGAGCCGGUCAGUUCGGGUCUGGGCGUAGAAGUUUCGGAAAGAUGUGGCCGAGCAUUGUCACAUGCACUCAAAGGGUUAUCAGCCCUGCAUCACCUUACUAUUGAUAAGGCCAAGGAAGAGGAACGCGAGCGUCUCAAAGAGCAAAUAAUAAACGAAGAGCAACACCCGAAAAUGGCUAACCCGUUUGAGCCGAUCAAAAUGGACUAUCAGCCAAUGAACAAGAAAGAACCGAAAGAACACGUAUCAAGAAGCAGACGCCGGAGACGCGAAAGAAAACACUCAGAGAAAACUGGGAAUUACCUAAUCGAAGCCAAAUCGAAUGUUGAUGAAAACGCGAUUCUCAUACGCAAAGAGAACAACACAUUUCCAAAUUGGCAUGAGCCGAAUAGGGAUGACAAUUUCGCCUGGAAACUGCAUUUAAAGACGUUGUUAUAUGAGAAAAUAUGUCUCGCAUACGCAACCCUAGCGGAAUAUAGUUACGCCCACGAACAAUAUGGGUUUUCUUUGAAAUACAUAGAACUUGCCAGCAAAUGCCAGAAAUUGUUAGGCAGUAUGAUUAUCAAAAGUAGAGUUGUGGAUGUGUCAUGUCUUAUUGGAAGGAUUGGGGAUAAUUUCUUUCAACUCAGCAAACAUUGGUCCAAUCUGGAACAGUACCAGAAGCAGUUGGAGAUGGAUCAUGAUAUCGAUAAGAAAAUUCGACACGAGAUUGAGAAUGAUUUGGUGGAUGAGACUGAAGUUGCGUGUAAAGAUUUCGAUUUGGAUAUAUCGCUACCAUUAAGCGACCUAGAAGCAAUGAAGUCGUCGUGUGCGUAUUACCGAAGGGCGAGUGACGCAGUGCCGGGUGGCGCGCACAAGCGAGAUGAAUUGCAACGGCGCUUGGCCACUGUUUGCAACGCACUCGCAGUCAGAUAUAUGAACGAUGGACAACAACUCUACAUGAAAUAUGCAGAAGAAGCUGGCGAAAUCUCUGCAUUUCCAAAAGACAUUCGUGACCAGUUAAAAUCCCUUUCGCAUAUGUCUGCGGAGUGCUUAGAUGAGGCCACGUCGAUAUUCGAAUCGGUCAAGGACGUUCCGAAUUUGGCACUUUUGUACUGUAAUAAGGCCAGAUACAUGAGAUUCAAGGCGCAUCGUGAAAGAGAUGGGUCUACAUCUGAAAAUCGUAGCCUAUACAGCAAAGCCGAAGACCUGUACAUGGAUGCCCUGAAGAUGCUAGGUCCUCGUGAGACCUGUGGAGCAGCAGCGGUUUGGGAUCUGGUGUCUUGGGAACUCUCGUGUCAUCUCUACACUAAAGCUGAAUCGAUGCAGGACUUUCCGGACUUGUAUGGAUGUGAAGUAAUGGAAGUAGCUGAUGCAUUCAAACACGCGCUCAAGUAUUGUCUUCUAAGCCCCGGUCCGAGGCAGUAUCUUUACCAGUUUAGAGCCGCCAUGAUUUAUCACCGGUUGGGAUCGUUGUACCAUUCACAAUUUAGAUUGACGACAGAGGACGGUCCCAAACGUCGUACGUUAUUGCAUGCAACUUGCACGAGUUACCAAGAGGCAUCUGUUCGUUUUGCGGCGCUUGAGGACAUUUUUAUGUUCCUCGGAGUGAGGUUGGAACACGUGGCUCUUAUGGAAGGGCACGCACAAAUAUCUCCAAACGUCAAACUAAAGUCCUUACAAACUGCUUUAGAACUCUUACAGCAGUCGUACUCCGUGUUGAUGCUAUUAAAAAAUCGCGAUCCCGAAGAAAAAGACACAAGAACUGAGGAGUGCGAUGAAAAAUCGCUCAAAAAUGAACAUGGCCUACUCUCAUUAUUCGAAAACAGACUUCAUCAGAUAUUAAAAAAAAUUAUUCAGUAUUGUCGAUCGAAGACUAACAAAGACUAUGAAAAAAUGACAGAUAUGUACAAAAAAUUGUAUUGUGCAAGUUUGAAAAUUGUUAAAAAUGACGAUAUGAGAUUGUACGCGGCGAGUAUUUGCGAUGUAUUGAAUAGUAUGAAUAAUAUUGCUAAAGAAUUUGCGUAA